AAAAUCAAACAAGUUUCAGAACUUCCGCGCGCGCGUUGAAAAUGGGAAAAAGAAAUAAAUGAAACAAAAAUUUUAUUGAAACAAAAUAGAAUUUCGUUCUAAUGUUGUGGCCAUACUGUGCGACGCUCUUUUGUUUACAACCGCGACGCGCGUCAAAUCUGUGUCCAUAUACUGCCGAAAUGUCAAAAAUUCGCUAACAUUUAAUGAACAAAAUCGUACGCCACUAGUUUAUGGCAUCUUCCUUCAGCGUAAAAAUCGACAAUUUACGCAGUAGAAGUCGCGCCCUGUUGACCUGCCUCGAAGAGAACGCUAAAAUCGUCCGCAAGGAGGUUAAGAAGCUUCGCUCUCAGGACUCAUACCGUUCGCACAGUACAAGCAAACGCCGGUCGGCUUAUGGGCGCCACUUCGACGUCUGGAAGUUGCGCAACGACUCUAGUGGUGUCGGCGCUCUGCUUUGCCCCGAGCAAUUCCCGCCGAAAUACGAAUCCGUCUCGGCGCCGGACAUGAACGCGAACCGGAGACUGCUGGUGGUUAAACCUGAAAGGAAACAGCCGAAGCCGUCGCCGCCGCGACGCCCGGUCGUCAAGGAAUGCUACUGCCAGGCGACGGUGCUCCAGACCCGGAAGGCGAACCAAAGAUCGACACGGACGAGACACGUACCGAUUUGCCUGCCGAGUUUCCGCGAAACCGACGAUGCGGUUUACGGCGACGCUGGCUCGCCGCGAGACUCUCCGGAUCCCGUUUACUCGCCGCCAUUGAGCACGACGACACUGAAGCGAGCCCAGAAGAUCGACUACACGCCGAGGUCUGAAUUUUUGCGGAGAGUUCAGAGCAAGAUCAACACCCUGCGCGACAAUCAGCUCGGAACUCCCAGAGCCCCGAGUCCGCCACCUCGGAGGCGUAAUUCGAGUGGCAACGUUCCAGCGAAUUCCAAGUCCCUGGACGAGAGGCGGAACGGCGGGAUCGAGUUACCGCGAAAAUACAACUGCCCUCGCUGUGUGGACGCCGAGGCUUUGUCAAAGAAGAUUUCGCUGCCCAAGAAAACCAUCGCGUCUAGGAAGUCAAUUAGCGAUCAGAACAAGCCGGCGGGUUUCAGGAGUCGCGAACGCAGAGCGGCCUUCCGGUCGUCAUCGCCGGAUGGAAGAGCCGCUCGGAUCGUUCCCGGGGACGGGAAUGUUCCUCGUCCAUCCCUCGGAGACGAGGGGAAAUCUUGCGCCUGCUCGGAGUAUCGGGCUGAUAAAUUUUUGGGAGAACGAGCCGAUAAAGAAGAGAUUGACUCGGAGGUUAACGACGUUCGGAAAUUUCGCGAUAAGAAUUACUUCGACACGCACGCCUCCUGUCCGUCCUUACUCGGCUCUCGGUCCUCCGGCUCUCUCCAGCAAUUUCGCCUCAACGAAAGACUCUUUCCCGAGCCCGUGGGGAAGGUUCAUCGUGAGGACCUCGUCCUCAGCAUCCCCCCGUGCGCCACCAGGCAAAGGAGAGGAGUUCACUAUUUUCCGAGGAGCAUAGUCAGACAGGAGAAGAAUAUCUCGAGUACAAAUUACGCCAAAAAACGACGAUGUCCCGCGGGCUGCCCUUUGAUCGGUCAUGCCGUCGACUUGGGUGCUCUCAAAGUUUCCCAUCCUUCGAAUAGCUUAGCACUAAGAUUUCAAAAAGGAAUUCGUUGAAUUUUUUGUCAUUAACUUGUCGUAUUUGAGAUACCGGCUGAAUUCAGUCGUGGAAUCUGGUCGCAAAUAAUACAAAAUGUUCGUCACUGUAAACUCCAUGAAAAUUGACUCGGCAUGUAUGGAUAAUUUGUCAACGAUUGCGCUGCUGUACAAACGUUUGCCUGUUAUUUUGAUUAUAGGUAGCUCCAGUUCAGUCCUUGCAAAAUACAACGGUAAAAAAUUUUCCAGUUCUACUGUUUAGUACGUUAAUUAAACAUACGAACGAAAUCUUAAGCCUCAUUUGUAUCUCAUAAUUAUUCAUUAUACAAACUCGUUAAGGUGGCUGGAUAUUUUAUAACGGUAGGCGGUAAACGGACGAACGAAAGUGAAUAUUUUCGAAUAAUUUGAAUGGAAAUGGUAUAUGUUUCGUCGAACAAUUUAAGCCAUUUUAUACUUGGUUUGGUGCCAUCAAUAUAUUGUGUUGAAAUUUGCCCCGAAGAAUUUUUUUUUUUCGUGAUUUGGAUACUAUCUGAUCUCACUGGCGCUGUUGUUGAAAUUUUAUAACAGAACAGGUCUACGUGAUGAGUAAUUGUUAUUACUGAUUUAUCUGAAAUCAAGCACAAUAAUGGGAAAUUAUUUUUAGAAAUAUAUGUCGGCCAUUAUUUCAUAUAAACUAACCUAUGGAAUACUUUAUGAACUAAAAUACGUACAAUGUAAAUAUUCUAAAAUUGCAGCAUGCCCAGCACAUUCAUUAGAGAAAAAUUUUCUAGUAACGUAUGUACGUUUCGCGAUACUGCAGAUGGUCACUCCGUUGAUUUAAGUGAUAUCAUAAAGCCAUAAGCUUCAGGAAAACCGGUUGCAAAUUGACGUCACGCAGCAAUUUAUUUUAAAGUUCA